GUUUACAGCCAUGCUAGUGGCUCUGUGAGGCUGCACGUUUAAAGCCACAGAGAGCGGGUAAGUAUCUGUUGCUGUGUGUCAUAAUGUGCAAUGACUGACCAAAACAUAUGAGUGAGAAUUUUAUUCUCAAUAAGAAAAAAAAUAUUCAACUGCAUCUUCUGUGGGCUUAGAGAUCGCAGCAACAAAAGUAUGAUUGUGAAGUUUAUUGCAUAUGAUGGAUAUCUGAGAGGAUGUACGUGGGGUGGAUUGAGGGUAAAUGGACAGAGUGGAGCUAUAAAUGGAUGGGGGAUGAAGGGGAAGGGAUGAAGGAUUGAGGGGUUGAAGGGUGAGGGAUAGAGGGAAUCAGGGUCGUGGAAGCGUAGACAUUGGGUCAGUGUCUGUUGAAACAUUCGGUGUUCCAGCAUACGCAACACUGGGGACCGCGGAGACCUCUAUCUUUUGCCGUUUAUCCGUGAAUGGAGAGGAGCAGCCGGGAAGAAAUAAGGUUAAUCCAACUAUAACUGCUUGCUGUGUUUUUCAAAGUUGCAUUUAAACACACACGUCUCUUAAUGACCUCCGACCCCGAGCUGCUGCAGGUCGUAUCAAAUGUAUGUGCUGUUCAAGUUGUUCUGUCUGUGCACCUUGGUCCAAGAGUCGAGUAACAUGUAGUUAAACUGCAUUCAUGAACACAUAUGUAUAACAAAAAAACUUGCAUGUGAUGUACACUGUCAGAGCUGCUGUAUCUGACUGACUACAAAUGAGGUGAGGAUGUCGUCCAUGAUGGCUGAAUUAAAAAAAACUGUUAGUGCGGCAGAGGAAUGGUUACUUACGGCGACAGAAAAUCUCUGAAGUGCAUUUUUAUCUCAGAUUGCAUCAGGCGCAGACAUUCAUGGUAAAGAUUUCAGGUCUUCACGUAAGUUAUUCGAUAGCCCACCCCUUUCCAAUGAACGCCCCUUUACAGAGAUAUAAGUGCUCUAGCUGUGACACAAUAAGACGCACAAUGAGGAACUUCACCUUAAUGACGCCUUUACUUCUCUGCAGCCUCAGUAAGUACUGGAAGCAGCAAAUACAAUCAGAAGAAUUACCCUUAAUUAGUCCAUACAAACAAGUUAAUAUUGAGCUAAUGUAUGUGUAUUGUUGGUUUAUCAGCUAAAGGAAUACAUCUCAUGGCAUGUCUGCUGUUUGUUUCAGGCUGGAUCUCUGUCUCGGGCUCUGAGUCUCACGCUGUGGAGCAUCAGCCUGGUGAUGAAGUCACACUGCUGUGCUCCAACCUUUCCACAAGCCCAACUCGGACAGACUGGUUCAGAGUGGUCAAUAGAACCAAGCCCCUCUGUAUCUCCUCAAUGUACGGCUCUGACGGCGACGUUUCAUUCUGUGAUGGAUUUCAAAAUGGAAAAUUUGAAAUGAGCGCCAACUUCUCCACUGUUUCCCUGAAAAUCAAGCGAGUGGAUUCAUCUGACUCUGGACUGUAUUUCUGUGGAUUUUACGUGAACACACAUACAGUCAUUUCCACUGCAACAUACUUAAACGUUCAAGGUGAUGAUUUGGAUGAUGAAGACAGUUUUCACGCUCAAAGAGAGGAGAGGGAUGGAAUGGCUAACGUAACUUGUUUGAUCCUGGGCGGUCUGACUGUCCUCCUCACUAUAUGCAUCAUUGCUCUGAUCGUUAAAAUGAAGAAACUUCAGACAGCUGUGAAUGAAGGGGAGCAGCCUGGAGGAAACAAGAAUGUGGGCUCAGAUGACUUGAACUACGCAACAGUGCGUUUCCAGGCUAAACCGAAAAGAAACCUCAGGCCUGCAUCGGAGAGAGAGAUGGAGCCACAUGUCGUGUACGCUGCCACCAGAUAGAUUCAGGAAGCAACUGGAACUGCAGCUCGCUCAUGUCAAAAAAAUGAAGUUUGAAUAAUGUGUUUUCAUUUUAUUUUCCACGUCUCGUUUUAUUGGCUGCUGGUCAAAGUGUCUGCCUUCUGUUUUUUCGUCUGAGAGGAUGAACAGCUUGCUUAAUGUGUGAUGGAGGAGGACGAGUCAGAGAGGACACCCAACGAGUGAAAUGGUUGGCGGUGGAGGGAGCAAAGAGCGAGGCUCACAUCACUUGUUUGACAGGAAGAGACAGCACAGUGUGGUCUGAGGUGAAAAUCACGAGGCCUCUGAAGUUUUAUAGAAAGUAGCCUCUCAAAGGAAGCAGUGAGAACCAGCUCC